AUGGCAGGGGCGUUGCCGGUAGAAGGAAGCCAGAGCGCGAGAACGAGGAUCCCAGAUGCUAGCGUCGUGAGGAUCAUUAGGUUGAAGCGUCCGAAGACGUCCGCGAGAAAACGGGAGGAACAUGCCCCAGAAGAAGCAAAAGGUUCCGGCGGUGGUGAGGAUGAAGGGGAGUUCGCGCAGGGGGCGGACAAAAUCGCGGAGAUGGUAUUGUUUUCUGGUGUGGACGAGACGAGAAGUCAUGGUGAAGUUGGUGAUGACAAGGAGGAAGAGGAUCAGGAAGCCGCAGAUACGCAUGGCCCAGCCGAAGUUGAGGAGGUGGAAGAGUCGAGUGAGCAUGAUGGGGAGGAUGACGCCGCCGAGACUGGCGCCGGCGGUGGCGAUGCCCAGGGCAAGGGCGCGGCGACGGCGGAACCAGGUGCUGAUGGAGUUGAUGCUGGCGUGGAAGAGCGCGCUGGUACCAAUGGGGCUGCAGAUGCCUUGGGCCAGGAGGAAUUGGUAGUAUUCGGUGGAAAUGGAGGUCAUCAUUAUGCCAAGGACGUGGAGGAUAGUGCCGGCUAG